CCAUUAUGAUGGUCACGCUCAGCGACUAUAAAGCUCGCUUUCAAUAGAUGACGGUUGCUCCCUAAUACCUCGCUUCACUUGGUAUAAUGGCUGAAUCAUCUCUCACACUACUUGGAGACAAGUUCAACACCGAUAGGGAAUAUGUUAAAAAACUCAUUGCACAGGACGCCUCAGGUGGUUGGAAUGAAUCAUGGAAGCAGGGUGUAACGCCUUGGGAUAGUGGUGAUGUACAGCUUUCCUUGCAAGGCUUGCUUCUUUCUGCGUCGCUGGACCUGCCGAGGGAAGGACGGGCCCUUGUCCCUGGCUGUGGAAGGGGCUAUGACGCUUUACUGAUCGCGUCUAAACUUGGCCUUGACACUCUCGGUCUUGACAUAUCCCCUGUCGGCGUUCAAGCUGCACGAGAUCAGUUAAACUCGGCACCCGAGGGUCUGUUGUCUGGUAUUGAAAAGGUGUCCUAUGAAGCGACAGACUUUUUCACAUUCAAAGUGCCAGAUGAUCAGAAAUUCUCGCUCAUAUAUGACUACACGUUUUUCGUCGCAAUUCCUCCCGAACGUCGCAACGAGUGGGGAUGCCAGAUGUGUGCGCUCAUCAAGCCCGGAGGAUAUCUUAUCACACUUGUGUUCCCGCUCGGACUUCCUUUAGAAGGCUACGUUGGCCCACCAUUCCACGUUGAUCCCGAAGAUUAUAUUGAACCCUUGGGUCAAGGAUGGGAGAAAGUGUAUGACAAGGUUCCGGAGAUCGUGAGGGAGGGGCGCAAAGGAACCGAAAGGAUGGUGGUAUGGAGAAGAAUCUGAUGAAGGCUGCUAUCAUUAGCGGCUGCUGUGAUGAAUAGCCAUAUAUGCCUUGGCGGCACUGUAUUAUGUGCAUGUACUACACUACUUCAAAGUAAUGUGACAUGCUUAUUCUCUCA